ACGAGUCUUCGAACCUGUGUGUAUGGCUACUGUGAAAUCAAAUGUGACGUGCUAACAUGGAUGCAGCUAUGAAGCCGCCGGGUUUGCUUCAGGGAAAAUUUAUUUUUAAGAAGCUUCCCAAUGGAAACCUCGACAAGACUAAGGUUGUUUGCACCUUGUGCAAUGCGGAAUUGGUUUACUGUAGGAGUUCUUCCAGUCUCAAGUACCAUCUAAACGCAAAGCAUCCCUUAGCUAAUGCGGAAGAUGCCGGGCCAAGCACUGAUGUAGCGCAGGGGAAGAGUCGUCGUCAAACUACUAUGUUUGAGUGCAACCGAGGCAAGCCCGUCAGCACAGCUCUAUCAGCCAAGCUAACUAAUCUCCUCGCUCAGUGGAUUGCCACCAGCUGCCGGCCCAUCAGCGUGGUUGAAGAUGAUGGGCUCGAGCUUGUUCUCCAGGCGGCCACAGGUGACCCAUCUUACAAACUACCUGCGAGGCGAACUAUCAUGAGGAGAAUACAUGACCAGCACGCCGCAGAGAAAGCCGCAAAAAAUGAGAAGAUGGUAGAGGCGAGGUGUGUAGCACUGACUGGGGACCAUUGGACAUCUGUCAACAACGAUAACUACCUCGGCGUUACUGUACACCUCAUCGAUGCCAGCUGGGAACUUCACUCCUUCGCUUUAGGUGUGAUGAAAACAGAGGAGCGUCACUUUGCAGAAGCGUGUGCCAGGCAGUUUCUUGACGUCGCUAAUCAGUGGGGGAUAGCUGACAAAAUCAGCACUAUUGGAACAGACAGCGCUCCUAAUAUGGUGGCAGCAGGGAGGAUACUGCCAUUCGAGCAUUUGCCCUGUGCUGCGCAUGUUAGACGAACGUACACAACGCUGUCUCAGCAGAAGCACAAUCUGGCCCUCCCAACAAAUGCUGAAUAUGAGAAGUUGGCAAAGCUAGAGAAACUGCUGGAGCCAUGCAGAUCUCAGAUGAUGAUCCUGCCUAUAUUGUGCGAUUCAAAGCUGCCUUCACCAAGGACCUCAACCAGCGGGGGCGAGAAAAUAAACCUGGAAUGGCUUAAGGUGGCGACUGCUCUAGAUCCAAGAUUUAAGGAUCUCAAGUGCUUGCCCAGAGCAGAGAGGGAGCCAGUGUGGGCAAAGCUAAGUGAGUUGGUGAAGAGAGAAGAACCUGCUCUGCAGCCACUUGGGGAGAAGAACCCUGAGCCACCCAAGAAGAAAACAGCCCUGCUACUGAUGGGAUCAGACUCUGAAUCAGAUGAGGAGACACCAGAAGACAAUACUGUGGAGAGGUACAAGGUAGAGCCCAGUGCCAGUCUAGAUCAGUGUCCACUGAAGUGGUGGUCGGACCACACUGCUGUCUAUGGUAAGAUGGCCCACAUUGCCCGUAAAUACUUGGGGACUCCUGCCACAACUGUCCCAUGCGAGAGACUUUUUUCUUUAGCAGGCCAUAUUGUGCAGAAGAGGAGAUCUAGUUUGUCACCAGAAAAUGUGAACAAGCUGGUCUGCCUGAGUGACUGGUGGAAGAAGGAGAAAUAGAGCUUGGACUGAUUGACACAAAGCUACUGACUGUAAAACAGUUCAUCACGACCUCUUAUGUAGGCCUACAGUUCAAAAUUCAUGUUUAACUGAAUAAACAGUUAGUAA